UAGCACUGCGAACAAAGCUGUGACAUCAUGAGAGGUAUAAACAUUAAGAAUUUCUUUUCUCCUCCCAUUUGCACUGCUGGCUGUGAGCUCCCACAUUCGUCAAAAUCCAUAACCAGACGUAGGCCAAGAUGAUGACAUAUCAGACUGAAGUGAUCAGCACACAGCCUCAGGUGACUGUCACCAGUUACGCCGUCUCCACCGGUUCCUCUGACUGGAGCUCCAAUCUCUGUGACUGCUGUGAUGACUGUGGCAUCUGCAUUUGUGGAACGUUUAUACCAUGUAUCCUGGGUUGUAAGGUGGCACAGGACCAUGGCGACUCCUGCUGUCUACCCUUUUUGCCUGGAGCACUAAUUGCUUUAAGAACCAGCAUUCGUGACAAAUACCAGAUCAAUGGGUCUAUCUGUGAUGACUGGUUGGUUAUGUCCUGCUGCCCAUUAUGUGGCCUCUGCCAGAUGGCUCGGGAACAGAAGAUGAGGGGCUGAAAUAUCCAAAAGAACUACAUAGAAUGCUUGGUGGCUUCUUGAUGACAAAAGGUCCUCAUCCAAAUAUUAAUUUAUGGAUAUAUAUAAUAAGUCAUAGAUGUGCUUUACUGUAGACUGCCUUGUACAAUAUUAUUUUUCAACAAUUCGAUAACAUCAUAAAUUUUAUUAUUAUUAUUAUUAUUAUUAUUAUUAUUAUUAUUAUUAUUAUUAUUAUUAUUAUACAACAUUUCUGACUAUUUCAAUAAAGUAUUUGCUUUUGA